CUUCGCCAGUCUGGCGAAGUUCGCGUUGGCGCGCGUUACAUUCGCGUAAAGUCAACCGCUGGCGGACGUCUGUCGCUGAUAACCAGACGAGCUAGAAACGUCAGUGUGACGAGAAAACAGCGCUUCCGGUGCCUGUAAGAAACGGAUGAACGGCGAGCCAAUUUUCGCCGCUGCUUGGAACUACCCGAACUACCACCUCCUUCACGCAGCAAAGACUGUAUUGAUUCUUUGAGGGGAAGACGGCCAGCGUAAUGUCAUUCCACGUGAUUUGCUUCCGUGCUCCCAGCAGAAGAUGAUGGACAGAACGCGCAACGUCGCUUCCUGUACAAGGACACGGCUGGAAGACAGCAGAUCAACGUUAACGUAGUCCACGCACGGUUCUUCAGCCUUCCAGCGUCGGCGACAGCAGUGCCACCUGCGUGCCAUACCACGAUGUCGUAUCUCGACACACGUGGAAGGAAUGAUCGACGACAAGAGUGUUUUGAAUGUUGGCGUGCUAGAUAACAACUCUACUCGUAGAAAAUGACAAACGGACGACCAGAAUUUCGUUUCGCCUAUCGAGCAUUCAUCACCCUCAACAUUCUCCUUGCCGUUUACAACAUGGUCUGCUUCCACUUACCGCGAAGCGAUCCCAAUCCUUGCGUUCUUAUGGUUGUGAACGAGACGCGAACCGUCAUCAGGCCCCCUGCCCCACAGCAGAAGCAGUACAGCGACAGCAAGCCACCUCAAUUUCAGAACAGACAGCCGCUACAGUCGAAGCAAAUGUCGACGAACGCUUUGCCGGUAACCGUCGAAAAGAGGGGCCCUUUCGUCAUCCGCAGCAACUACAUUGUGGGCGACGAAGCUGCAGGGUACGACGCAACGGUGACACUCACCACGCAAGCGACGCAUGACUUUCUGCACCACACGCCCGUACUGUGCAGACGAUGGCAAGGACCCAUUUCCGUGAGCCUGUACGUGCCCGGGACCGAGUACGAAAUCGCCAUCAACAAAGUACUGUUCCUACGAACCUGCAGUGAUCCGUGUGUGCGCGCAAACGUCACGUGGCAUAUCGUGUACAGUACGGAACACCCCCCAAAGACAGACCUGUUAACAGCUAGUCCGGAAGAGUUGGCAAACACGAGGCCCAACUGCUCCGACGACAUCAUGCAUCGCCAGUACGCAAACUAUCGCGCGGAGCACAAGCUAACCUAUCCUAUUAACGUACUUCGAAAUUCUGCACGAAGAGCCGCUAAGACGAGGUACAUCCUGGCUUCCGACAUCGAACUCUAUCCCAGUGGCAACGUCAUUCCUCGUUUCCUGGACAUGGUGCAUCAACGUCGCAACGCCAGCGCCCAUCAGGUGUACGUGCUUCCCAUAUUUGAAGUGAAAGCUUCUCUGACGGCGCCACUGACUAAGAAAGUGCUGGUGGACAUGAUGCGCAACAAGUCUGCAGUGUUCUUCCACAAGUGGGUGUGCGAAGAGUGUCAGAAGUUCCCGAAGAGGGACGAGUGGCUGAGGAACAUUCCUCCAGAGAACUCUCUAGGUGUGUUCACGACAACGAAGAGGGACAAGAGUAAACGGUCCUGGGAGCCCAUAUACAUCGGCACCAAUGCGGACCCUUUCUAUGCAGAAGAGCUCACCUGGGAAGGCAAGAGGGACAAGAUGGCACAGAGCUACCAGCUGUGCCUCAUGGGAUACGACUUCAACAUCGUCGACAAUGCCUUCCUAGUUCAUGCUCCAGGCAUCAAAACCAUAGUUGCAAGCGAAGAAAAGCGUAGAGCACCCUUUGUGAAAGUAAACAACAUGCAUCAUGCCCGUCUAAUGAAUAAUCUCAAGAGCAAGUAUGCGAAGAAUGCUGCAAAUUGCUGAAAGGCUUACUAAAAGUGGUGGAGCAUACUACAAACGUUAAAAAAAAAAAAGACUUUAUCAUAGUCCUUUUGCUAUAGAAUGUCUUACUAUACUUGCUCCCGUUGGAGCCUGUGCAGUAUUUUUUUAUAAAAGUGUUCCUUCAAGUCGUCUUCAAGGGGCACACUAUAAGGUGUCUAUCAUAUUUAUUUCUUUUGCUGUCGUAUGUGCUCCCUCUAAUGAAGCAGGUGAAUUUACAACGGAGAUUUUAUGCUGGGCAAAGUGUGCAAGACAAUAUGCAAGAAGUGUCAAUAAAAGAAAGGCUUGCAAGAUGUUGCAGGCCACGCCCCUUUA